AUGGGGUGUGGUGCUGCGGUAUACGAACAGCUGGCAAAGUUCAUUCAGGGGGCAACCAAGCAGAAGCUUCUGCAGACGAAGGAGCAAAGAGGGGUUGUCUCUGUCGUCAAAAUAAAUCGUUCGCACCCUGAGUACUGCAAGCACACACCCGUACCCGAGAAUCGGAAAAAGAAGUACAUUGAAAAGGCAACGGUACCUGCUACGGCAUCAGUUGCGGGUGCCGCCGGGACUGCAGUAGCAGCAGAGGAGGAAACACCGCGAGGGACACAGACAGCUGUAGGGACUGCGGCUUCCAGCUCAGGCCCUCUCCUUUUGGAAUUUUGCGCCCCCCCCGCUAAAUGCUGCAGAAUAUUUGCGGCAGUUGGAGCGCGCACUGGGAAGAACGUCUUUUUUACCGCCGAUGAGUACAGGCAGGUGCUGGUUAAGUACUUGGAACAGCAAGAUACAAAGAGGGAAGAAGGCGAGACAAGCGAGCCGCCUCCAGGCGAGAGAUGCAAUUCAGUCAAAAUCGAUCCUCUGUUGGCUGAGGCGGUGCUGACGAAGGAAGAAAUGAGGGACGCAAAGAUGGGAGAGGAGGAAAGAUUGUUAAUGGAUAAGGGGGAAGUUUUUGUUAGGUGGAAAGAAACUGCGCUGCCUUGUCACGCCGUCCUCAGAGAUGAGAGCGAGCUACCGCUUCUGCAGGAGAGGAUAGUGCGAGGUGCCUGCACUCCCGUGCGCAUUUCUGUAGAGGAGAAGCAAGGAGGGCGGAAGCACGCCACGCACAUUUUGAACGCCACUAACUUCCUUGUAGAGCCCAAGACCCUUGCCGAAUUUUUGCAGAAGAAAUUGGCAGCCUCGGCCUCAGUCUACGCGCCUCCAGGCACCAAAGUGACCUCUGGCGUUUGUGUCCAGGGCAACGUGGCACGGCAAGUGGCGGAUCUCUUGGUUUCUCAAUUUGGCAUUCCGAAAAAGUUUGUGGAGAUAGACACGAAAAAACCUAAGUCAAGUCGAUGA